GAUGGGGCCCAGACCCUGGCAGGGGAAAGACCAGACUCUGAACAGCACUGAGGAACCAUCCUCCCGAGAACAGUGGGGACAUCGCAGAGGCUGGCCCCACUGCCCCUGUCAACGCUGGGGGGCCCACGACUGUGCCUGUAGUCUGCAUCCUGAGAAGCCCUCUCAGUUCUCCUCCUAGGAGUUCUAGGAACCGGGAGGCGAGUGCCUUGGUCUGAGGCAUGUGUCCUCAGGUCAGCAUGCGGGAGACAGCCCAGGCAGUACCAGAAGUCAAAGCAGAGGUGCACACCCUGAAUGUCUACCAAGGCCCCGCCCACCCCAGAACAGAGAGAAUCCACAGUGCCUGACUCUACCCAGCCUGCUCUCAGCCCUGGAAUCCUCGGGCUGCACCCUGAGGAACUAUCUCACUUCCUCUUUCAGUUCUUAGGCCAGCCAGGACAACAGGAGCCCUGUGGUGCCUGGGAGCACCCCUAAAGAGGAGCCCUGUAAGUCACCGUUAUCAGAGGCGCCCUGGGAGAGUUUCUCAGCUGAGGCCACUGACACCCUCCCUCUCUCCCCCAGUGCCCCACCCUCCUGUUGGCUACCUCCAUCACAAGUCAUCAUGUCUCUGGGUCAGAAGAGUGAGCACUGCAAGCUUGAGGGAGACCUUCAGACCCCCAGAGAGGCACAGGGCCUAGAAGGUGUGCAGGCUCCCAUGGCUGAGAAGGAAGAGUCCUCCUCCUUCCCCUCCUCUCCCUCCUCCUCCCUCACUCCUUUGAUCCUGGGCACUCCAGAGGAGGUGCCUGCCACUGGGGCACUGAGUCCUCUCCAGAGUUCUCAGAGAGCCUGCUUCUCACCCACUGCCACCACAGCCACUCCAUCGAGUCAGUCUGAUGAGAAUUCCAGAAGCCAAGAAGAGGAGGGGCCCAUCACCUCCCAGGCUCCACCAGAUCCUGAGUCCUUGCUCAGUGAUGAGCUAAACAAGAAGGUGGCUGAACUGGUGCAGUUCCUGUGUGUCAAAUAUGUAACAAAGGAACCCACCACAAAGGCAGAAAUGCUAACAAAUGUCAUCAAAGAACACAAGGACCACUUCCCUGUGAUCUUCAGCAAAGUCUGUGGGCGCAUGGAGGUUGUCUUUGGCAUUGAAGUGAAGGGAGUGGACCCCACCAGCCACUCCUAUGUGCUCGUCAAAACACUUGACCUCACCUACGAUGGGAUGCUGAAUGAUGACCAGGGCAUGCCCAAGACCGGCCUCCUGAUACUUAUCCUGGGUAUGAUCUUCAUGGAGGGCAACCGUGCCCCUGAGGAGAAAAUCUGGGAAGUGCUGAAUAUGAUGGGGGUAUAUGCUGGGCAGGAGGAUUUCAUCUACGGGGAGCCCAGGAAACUCGUCACCAAAGAUUUGGUGAAGGAACAAUAUCUAGAGUACCAGCAGGUGUCUGACAGUGAUCCUCCGCACUAUGAAUUCCUGUGGGGUCCAAGGGCCUAUGCUGACACCAGCAAGAUGAAAGUCCUGGAGUUUUUUGCCGAGAUCAGUGGGUCUGACCCCACUUCCUUCCCAUCAUGGUAUGAGGAAGCUUUGAAAGAUGAGAGAGCCCAGGCCAGAGCUGCCACCGGGGAUGAUACUAGUGCCACAGCCAGUGAAAGUUCCAGUGUCAUGCCCAGCAGCCUCUCCUGCCCUGAGUAAAGUCCGAAGCAGAUUCUUCAGUCUUCGUUUGAAGACAACAGCCAAUGUUCUACGUAGUGGAGGGCCAGAGUGGAUCUGGAAGGAACAGUGUAUAGCAUCUUUGUGUUCCUGUUGUAUAUGGUUGAUUUCGAGAUUUAUCUUUUUUUUUUUACUUUGGCUUUUUUUCAAAUAUUGUUUAAUUAGCUCCUGAAUCUAAG